AUGGAUGAGCGGAUCAAAGGGCUUAAGGCCCAAACACCUGAGGACAUGGCGAGAGAGUUCACUGCUUCGAUAGUGAAGACUCCCUUUUUGGAUGAAAUAGAAUGGGUGGCAAGACCCAAGAAGUUCACAAUGCCAAAGUUCACCAAGUUCAACGGAACUGGAGACCUCCUCCAACAUCUCAAUCAUUACACUCAGGAGAUGACAUUGGAAACGCAUAAUGAUCCAUUCAUAUGCAAAAUCUUUCCAUCCAGCCUAACAGGAGUAGCCCUGGAAUGGUUUAAGAACUGCCCGUGUAAGUCCAUUUUGAACUUUGAGACACUAUGCAUUGCGUUCCUGGCACAGUAUUGCAGAAACAAGAAGCAGAAAAAGACUAUUGCUAAUCCCUUCAUGAUUUGGCAAAUGAAGGGGGAGGGUUUACAAGCCUUUCUUACUCAAUUCAACAUGGAGUCUUUAGGUAUCCCGGAUUGCAAUCAGGAUACAGCCAUAGAGGCAUUCAAGAUAGCUAUGGUGCAAGGCUCACAUUUUCAUUCCUCACUGAAAAAGAGCCCGAGCAGGUCAAGGGCUCAUCGAGAACCCUCGAGUAUCGAGGGGAGAACUCUGGAGAAGAAAUCCAGAAUAGCCGAGAAAGUCACACCUCUUAAGGUAACACUAGUAAGGUUGUAUCAGGAGGCUAAGGAUAGAAACAUUUUCCAGAUCCCACCACUAAUCAGACAACCAAUGGAACAAAGAGACCAAAGUUACAACCAGAUGCCGAUGGACCCUUCAGAUGAAAAGAAAACUUCUUUCAUUACCGAACGUGGGACCUACUGUUACAAAGUAAUGCCCUUCGGACUAAAGAACGUAGGGGCAACUUAUCAACAGCUAAUUAAUAAAGUGUUCGAAAAGCAGAUCGGCCGAACAAUUGAGGCUUACAUAGACGACAUGGUUGUAAAAAGCAAGGAUAAGAAAGAUCAUCUGCAAGAUGUAUUCGACACUCUCAGGGAGAAUAAAAUGAUGUUAAAUCCAGUAAAGUGUUUCAUUUGGGGUUUCCUCAGGCCAAUUCCUCAGUCAUUUGGUGAACAAGAGAGGAAUAGAGGCAAACCCUGCCCAGUUGACAAAACUGCUACAGAAUUAAGAACCUCAAACCAUGAAGGAAGUCCAAAUUAUCACCGAGAGAAUAGCGGCUCUUAG